AUGCACGUCAGCUCAGAAAGCGCGGCAUCCCUGCGCACGGUCUGUGCGUUGCGUGGACGCAUUCUCCGACCUAGGCCAGCCUCAUUAGGCCAUCUCGGAACCACAUCAAGCUCGCGCAACGCACAAAUGUACCAGAACGUCAAUGGCACCCGCCCAGGCCACCAUCAUAGAUCCUCAACAUCUGGCUCCACGCCUGCUGCUAUUCUCAAUGAGCACAUGACCUCGCCAGACCCCACCUCGCUCGCUGCCGUGCCGAUGAAAGAGUACUCGGCGCCUUUCGAAGUCACCGACGUUCGUCCAAAGGAUGUCGGCAUCCAUGCGCUCGAGCUGUAUUUCCCCCAUCGCUGCAUCUCGGAAGCAGACCUUGAGCAAUUUGAUGGUGUAUCCGCUGGCAAGUAUACCAAAGGUCUCGGCCAAGAGUACAUGGCCUUCGUCGACGACCGCGAGGACAUCUACAGCUUCCUGCUGACAGUGACGUCCCAACUGCUGCAUAAAUACAACAUAGAUCCUAGAGCAAUCGGUCGCAUCGAUAUCGGCACAGAGACCAUCAUCGACAAGUCUAAAUCGGUCAAGACCGUUCUCAUGGAUCUCUUCGCGCCCUACGGCAACCAUGACAUCGAAGGCAUCGAUUCCAAAAAUGCCUGCUACGGCGGCACAGCUGCGCUCUUCAAUGCUCUCAACUGGAUCGAAUCGUCCUCCUGGGACGGCAGAUACGCACUCGUCGUCGCGGGCGACAUUGCCAUCUAUGCCGAAGGGUCAGCUCGUCCUGUAGGCGGUGCCGGCGCCGUCGCGAUGCUCGUCGGCCCCAACGCACCACUCGUGCCAGAACCCACUCAUGGCACGUUCAUGACGAACUCUUGGGACUUCUAUAAGCCUUCGCUGGCCUCGGAAUUCCCCGAAGUGGACGGACCGCUCACACUCAUCGCGUACUUGUCAGCGCUCGAGUCGACGUAUGCAAAGUAUCGCGAGAAGGAGUCUGCCCGCUUGACAAAGUCCCAGACGUCAGACUCGAGCAAGGUCGAUCUUGACUACUUUGACUACCUAGCAUUCCACGGGCCAUACGGCAAGCUCGUGCAAAAGGGCGUCGCACGCAUGAUGUACGGCGACUAUCACGCGGAUCCAUCUGCACCAUUGUUCAAUGAUGUUGAUCCUUCGCUUGCCGAUGUCGCGCGAUCGCAAACUUUGACCAAGAAGGAUGUCGAAAAGACGUUUAUCGACCUGUCUGCAGCUGCCUACAAGGAGAAGGUCUGGCCAUCUACCAACUGUAUGCGACGACUCGGCAACAUGUACACCGCGUCGCUGUACGGUUCACUCGCCAGUGUCCUCGAGUCUGUUGCGCCAGAGACGCUCCGUGGCAAGCGAAUAGGCAUGUUCAGCUACGGCAGUGGUCUUGCAGCGACCUUUUUCGCCAUCCGCGUGAAAGGCGAUACGACAGAGAUACGUUCAAAGGUCAAUCUCGACGCGCGUCUUGCCAAGCUGCAAGUCAGACCGUGCGAGGAGUAUGUGCGAGCACUAGAGCUCCGCGAAGAAAAGCACAACAUUCGCAACUAUACCCCAGAUGGUCCUGUAGAUGGCAUGUGGCCAGAUACCUUUUACCUGGAAAAGUGCGACGACAAGUUCAGAAGAACUUACGGCAUCGCUCAACCCUCGCAAGAGCGCAUUCAAGCUUGA